CACCAAUCAGAAGUUUUGCCCGCUGUUUCCGCGCUGUUGCAGCUGUCGAGACACUCACCGCCCGGCAGUAAGAGCGGGGAAGUAUUUGAGAAUGGAGACAGAGGGACCGAGAACGGUGGAUGUUUUCCACAUAUGACCGACCCAUUAAACCGAUUUCUCCGUUAUAAGUCUCUCCUUUGGCCUCCAUCUUGAGCAGAAAAUAAUUUUCUCCAUUGUGUUUUCUACAUAGCCUUUUGCCUCUUCUCCCUCCAAUUCGCUUCUCAUUCCCCUCUUAAAGCGACGCGUUAACUCACAAUGGCGGAAAUUACCAUCACCGACUGGACGACCCGCGAUGUUAGGUUUCCAACUUCCCUUGACAAGACUGGCUCGGAUGCCAUGAACGCUGCUGGUGAUUAUUCGGCUGCAUACUGCAUUCUCCAGACCGAUUCUGAGUACUCUGGUCAUGGAAUGACUUUCACUAUUGGUCGCGGAAAUGACACAGUCUGCCACGCCAUUGCACAUGUUGCUGAGCGCCUAAAGGGCAGGACGCUGUCCUCCCUGGUCGCCAACAUGGGUGAGACCUGGCGCUACCUGGUGUCGGAUUCGCAGCUGAGAUGGAUCGGUCCCGAGAAGGGAGUUAUUCACCUUGCUCUCGGUUCCGUCGUCAAUGCGCUGUGGGAUCUCUGGGCUAAGACGCUGGGCAAGCCAGUGUGGCAGGUUGUGGCGGAGAUGACGCCUGAGGAGUUCACUCGCUGCAUCGAUUUCCGAUACCUUACUGAUGCCAUUACGCCCGAGGAGUCGAUAGCAAUGCUCAAGGAGAUGGAGGCAGGAAAGGCGGAGAGACUACAAGAGGCACUUAAGAACACCGCUGUCCCAGCGUAUACUACUAGUGCGGGAUGGUUGGGAUACGGAGAGGAGAAGAUGAAGGGGCUGCUCCAGGAGACCCUGGCCCAGGGCUACAAGCAUUUCAAGCUCAAGGUCGGAACGAGUGUGGAGCAGGACAGGAAGAGACUUUCGAUCGCCCGUGAGGUGAUUGGAUACGAUAAGGGCAACAUUCUGAUGAUCGAUGCGAACCAGGUCUGGUCCGUGCCGGAGGCCAUCGAGUACAUGGAGCACCUGAAGGAGUUCAAGCCGUGGUUUAUUGAGGAGCCCACCUCGCCUGAUGACAUUCUCGGACAUGCCGCUAUCCGCAACGCGCUGAAGAAAUACAACAUUGGCGUUGCUACUGGUGAGAUGUGCCAAAACAGAGUCAUCUUCAAGCAGAUGCUGCAAUAUGGUGCCAUUGAUAUCUGCCAGAUCGAUGCAUGCCGUCUGGGUGGCGUGAACGAGGUGCUCUGCGUGCUCCUCAUGGCGAAGAAGUUUGGCGUCCCGAUUGUGCCCCACUCGGGCGGUGUGGGACUCCCAGAGUACACCCAGCAUCUCAGCACCAUCGACUACGUCGUUGUCAGUGGAAAGAAGAGCGUCCUGGAGUACGUUGACCACUUGCACGAUCACUUCGAGCACCCCAGCAAGGUGGAGAAUGGUCACUACGUCACGCCCACCGAGCCGGGAUACUCGGUGCAGAUGAAGGAGGCGAGCAUGGUGGAGUUUGGCUUCCCAGGAGUGGAGGGAAGCUGGUGGAAGAGCGAGGCCGCGAAGCCGAUAUUGAAUGGCGAUAAGUUCUAGAUCUAGGUGGUGUGAGGUUGGCCCUCCCGCUUCAAUAAUGGCAGGGCAGGGCAGGGAUACCGUGAUCCCGGGAUCCUGAAAUAGAAGUAUGUCUGGGCACUGUACUGUACAUACCUAGCGAAUACUAUGACAUUGUAUUACCACAGAGAUUUCUGGGCAUGAUGAUUGAUGAUACAGUUGGCGCCGAGAUCACGGGAAGAGAG